ACACAGCAGUCUCCAGAAAGGGGGGAGGCCCCAACUAACCCCCCCCUCCAAAUCUGCAGCCUGAAAAGCACCUAUGACUGGGAAGUGGGGAAACCGAGGCAGGGGCUGCACUGUGCCCUCCUCUGGUGGGGGAGGCUUGCACAACCCCGUGGUACCCCACUGGCAUCCUGCACACCUUCUGGGAGCUCCCUAAAAGGGACCCGCUGCCGUGUGUCUGCCUGAGCCUGCAGGCAGCUGCCUUCAACCUGGCCCACACAUGGCCCUGGGCUGGGGCUGGCACCGCACCUUCACAAAGCCGGGAGCUGGACGGAUACUGGGGGGGGGAAGGGGAAAAGCGUGGGAAGGGAUGGGGUUCGGUUUGCAGACGCUUGCUGGGGGACGGUGGCACACGGGGCGGGGGGAGCAGAGGUGGCCUGGGUGGUCUUGCAGGCUGUGCGAGCCUUCUUCUUCCUCCUCCUCCCUUCCCCCUGCCCAUGCACAAAGCCCCGGGGGAAACUGAGGCAACCCCCCUGGGGGGGACCGCCAGCCCGACGCGAACCACAGCGCGAUGCCCGACGCGCGAUGUCGCUGCGUCCUGUGGCCCCCCCCCCGCCCCGAGCACCCCAGGGCCCCCCCCCGGACCCUGUGCCUGGGGGACGGGGGUGGCCGGGGCCCCGUGGUGCCAGCGCGGGGCUGGGAGGAGGACAAUCGCCGUGUGUCCGGGCACGGGUGGGCGGCUGCAGCACCGCUGGCUCCCGGCAAGCCGGGCGAUGCCAAGCGGCUUUGAAACAAAGCACCCGUGUUGGGGCUGGGGCCCGUGUCUGCGGGCAUGGCGGGGGGGGGGGGGGGGGGGGCGGUUAUUUUAGGUGCUGGCAGGACUUGCCACCGCUACGGCACAUCUCCUGCAUCAGGGCCCGAUGUCCUGUUCCUGCACGGCCAGGCGUUCACCUCCAAGACGUGGGAGGCCUUGGGCACGCUGGCGCUGCUCGCCGGAGAAGGCUACCGUGCGGUCGCAAUAGAUCUGCCCGGCUACGGGGAUUCGCCCCCAGCGGAGAUGGUGGCCACAGCACAGGGCCGGGUGGCUUUCCUGGACCGUGUCCUCCAGGAGCUGGGCAUGCGGAGGCCCGUUCUCAUCAGCCCCUCCAUGAGCGGCCGCUUUGCCUUGCCCUUCCUCCUGGCGCAGGGGGACCAGCUGGCCGGCUUCGUGCCUAUUGCGCCUGUGGGCACCAAGGACUACGCUGCUGAGCAGUACCACCGGGUCCAGACGCCCACCCUGAUCCUGUACGGUGACCGUGAUGCAAGCCUGGGCCCCCAGGCCCUGCAGAGCCUCCGGCACCUCCCCAGGCACCGCGUGGCCGUGGUGCCCGACGCCGGCCAUGCCUGCUACCUGGACAAGCCGGAGGACUUCCACCGAGCCCUGCUGGGCUUCCUGCGCCAGCUGAAGUGAGCGCUGCCUCGUCCCCUCUGCCGAGCGGAGGACAGGGGUCCGGGGCGUCCCGUGAGACUGGGAGGCACAGGUGGCUGGCGUGAAGGGUGCUGUUCUCUUUUGGGGUGUCCCCAGGGUGGCAGGGGGGACGGGACUGAGGGUGUCCCUUGCUGGCAGGACAGGGUGUCAUCUGUCACCAGGCCAAUAAACUGAUGCUGCUCUUG